AUGGCGAAGAAAACAUCAUUAGAGUUGUUCGUUUGGAUCUUAACGAUAUUUAUUUUCAUUGUUAAUAAUGAUCAAACAUUAGCAGUGAAUGUUUGUAAAAAAGAUAAUUACCAUACAAAUACAAUGAAAUUAUUAAAAGAACAAACAAUUAUCGAUUCUUUCGUUGAUUUAUCAAUGUAUAAUGAAUUGGAAAUGUUUCCUAAUCGUUUUGAAUCAUCUGAUGUUAUUCUUAGUCGUGAUGGUCAUGUAAUGUAUGUUGUAUUUGAUAAUAUGUAUAAUAUAGGUGUUAUAUGUACUUCAUUGGGACGUUCAUUUAACUGUACUGAUGAAUUACUUGAAUGGCCUCAAUCAUCAUUAAAAAAUAAAAAAUCAAGUUUUGAAGGAAUAGCUUAUAAUCCACGAAGUGAAACAUAUUUUGUUGUACAAGAAGCAAUACCAACAGAUAAUAAGAAAAUAUUUCAGGCAAAUGUUUUUGAAAUUAGUAUUAAUCAAAAAGAUUCAAUACCUGUGCGUAUAGUUGAAUCUUGUUUAAUUAAUCACGAUUUUGAUACACAAAAUAAAGGUUUUGAAGGUCUUGAAUUUGUUUUACAUCAAAAAUCAAAAAAAAGUUAUUUACUUGCAUUAUGUGAAGCUAAUCAAUGUAAUCAUAAAUCAACUACUGACAAUAAUGGACGUGUUGUAGUUCUAGAAAAAACUAAAUCUACUUCCAAAAGUACUUGUGUAUGGCAACCCGUUGGUACAUUUGAUUUACCAUCGUCUGUUCAUUUCGAUGAUUAUUCAGCUAUAUCAAUUUAUCAUCAACCAUCAUAUAAAUUACCUACAUAUGUAGCUGUAACAAGUCAAGAAAGCAGUCAAGUAUGGAUUGGUACAAUUGAAGAAAUAAAUAAAGCUCCUUUCUUUCAAUUCUCAUCAUUGGAAAAGAAUACGGUAUACAAUUUACCACGAACCACUGAAAUGGCAUCAGAAUGUCAAAUAAAAUAUUGUAAUAUUGAAGGUGUUACAUGGAGAGGCAAAAAUCAACUUAUUCUUGUUUCAGACAAGGCUAAAACUGAUCAAGAUAUUCAUUGUAUCGAAAAAGAUCAAAGUCUUCAUUAUCUUGGAUUACCAGACCAUCUUACGGAUUAG